CACUCCUGUGUGUGCCCAACAGACACACACACACACACACACUCACCAUGAGGCAGACACAAACCGCAGCACUUGGAGAUUCCAUUGGGCUGACUGAGAAGUUUACCUUCAAUCCAAAGGAGGGAAUUGACAAUCCAGCGAUGAGCGUUGCUGAAGAUGCAGAGGCCGACUGGGUCCCCUCGCUUCGGCUCUGCACCCUGAAGCGCGAGGAGGGCGAGAAUUUCGGGUUCUAUCUGCGGGUGGAGAGGGGAUGCAAAGGGCACGUGAUCAGACGGGUGCAGGCGGGGGGCGUGGCCGGGCGCAGCGGCCUGAGGGACGGAGACCGUCUCCUGGAGGUCAACGAGGUGUUCGUGGACGACCUUGAGCAUGUGGAGGUUGCUAGGAGGAUCCAGAUGGGAGGUUCUCUGUUGUGUUUCUUGCUGUUAGACGGCGAUGAGUACAAUCGAGCAGUGUCUAAGGGUCAUGACCUGCGGGCAUUGGCCAAGGCUCACCGCGGGGAAGGGUGGAAAGCACCGCGGAUAUGCCACAUCACCAAAGACCCCGGAUCAGGAAGCCUGGGCCUCACCGUGCAGCCCGUGGACGGCGGGAAGGGGAAGUUCAUAGCAAGCCCGGCCACAGGGGGCGCCGCUGAGAAGGCAGGAGUGAGAAAGGGAGAUCAUCUCGUUUGGAUUAACGGUGCCAUGACCUCCGAGCUCACGCAUUCAGCCAUCAGUAAAAUGCUCAAAAAGAGCAGCGACCACAUGACGGUUGUAGUGAUUGACAGCGAGGGCGAGCAGAGCUACGCCCGUCGGCGGGUGCCCGUUCUACCCGCCAUGGCUGUGGCUCAAACCCUGCCCUACAGAUCCAGACGACUGCCACUGGAGGAGGGAGAGCACGGGUAUGGCUUCUCUCUCAGAGAGGAGACGGUAUCAGGACACGUCGUCCAAAUGUUGCGGGAGGUGGAUGCAGGGAGUCCUGCGGAACAUGCUGGAAUACGAGACGGGGAGCUGCUGCUGGAAGUGAAUGGAGAGUCCACAGCCUCAAUGAGUCACGAAGACAUCGUCAACAAAAUCAAACAGAAUGGCAAACGAAUCACCCUAACCACUAUCUCCAAACAGGGCCAAGACUUCUACACUAAGCUGGGUCUCUCUCCUCUCCUGUUCUGUGAGGAUUACACGGCAGGCAAAGAAGUUCAGCAGGAAAACACACCACCGGGGGAGAAGAACGUCACAGUGGAGAUCACAGUGCCCCCCGCUGACCUCCCAGAGGAAUUACACACUCCCCCUUCCUUUCCCAGACUCUGCGUGUUACAGAAAGGAGAAGCAGGGUUUGGCUUCCAUUUAGGCUGUGUUCCGCACAGCCCUGGAACUUCUAUUACCCAGGUGGCCCAAGUAGGGCCUGGGAAAACCGCUGGUCUCUUACAAGGUGAUGUGGUGCUGGAGGUGAACGGACAGAAUGUGGAAGAGGAAUAUUUGGAAGACGUGAUCGUGCGGGUGAAAGAGGGAGGAAGUUCUCUCUCUUUACUGGUGGUGGACAGAAGCGGUUAUGAGAAGUUGAAAAAGAGCAGAACCCCCAUUAAAGAUGAGUCACUGGUCAAUGAUUCUGAGGUUGAAGAAACUGAAAACUUGACUACCCUGUAGGGAGCCCUCUGCCCGUCUGGAUUCACUUUGAUCACCUGACCGCAGGAGAACAACAGUCCUCUCCGUGGCUUCACGGGGAAUGCGAAAUUGCCAUGGUUUCACCGGGCAUGCGAUGUUGCUAUGGUUUCACAGGGCAUGCAAAGCUGGAUCUUGGGGGGUUUUGAUCUGAUUUUAAUAAGACAUCAGGUUGGGAUAAACUCCAGAAUGGAGUGACAGCGAUUCAGUGCUGAAACCAUUAUGCACAAAGCAAUUGUAGUGUCUGUGUUAGAGCUGUGUGGGUGAAUUAGACAAGG